CUCUUUCAGUUGGGUGCAAUCCUUUACUACGCUCUCUGUCGCUGGUCGGGGAUGUGGAGUCGGCUAACCGGAGCUUUCUGUCCACGAAAGGGUCCAGGAGGGGGUGGGAGAAGGAUAAGACGGAAGAGACCUUUAGGUACACAACCAUGCUCAGAGACUUCUCUAAAGCACUGACUUCAAAAGCCCGGCCUCUCGAACGUCUAGGCUCGGACCCAACCGUCGUCACGCCAACGUACACCUCGGCUUCCGUGGAUUGGUGGCUGCCUCCGCCUAUGACAUGCGUUGGAAGAGCCCGGGUUUACUUCCGUGUCUUGGGCUUCGGCGCAGGGGUUUUUGGGAGUCGCGAGUCGUCGUGGUGUCUGUGUCAAGUGCGGAGGUCGCUCGGUGGGACCUCGGCCAACGUCAUCCAAGCAGACCCAGCGGAUGAGCGCACCAACUUUCUGGUGGAGGAGUACUCGACGUCCGGCCGCCUGGACAACGUCACGCAGGCUGCAGCUAGGCACCAGUGUUCUUAUUUAAUAAGCAUGCAUGUGGAUGAAUUUUUAAAGACAGGAGGUAUUGCUGAGUGGUUGAAUGGUUUGGAAUAUGUACCACAAAAGCUGAAAAAUCUUAAUGAAAUAAAUAAGCUGCUAGCACACCGACCCUGGCUGAUCACAAAAGAGCACAUUCAGAAACUUGUCAAAACUGGAGAAAAUAACUGGUCUCUGCCAGAACUGGUACAUGCUGUGGUCCUAUUGGCACAUUAUCAUGCGCUGGCAAGCUUUGUUUUUGGUAGUGGCAUCAAUCUGGAGAGAGACCCAGAAAUAUCCAACGGAUUCAAGCUGAUAGCAGUCAACAAUUUCGGUGUGUGUGAUCUCGCUAAUGACAACAACAUAGAGAACGCAUCCCUUGCAGGCACCAACUUUGGGACAGAGCUGAUGUGCAAGACUGCUGUCGCCUCCUGAGGCUGUGCUGCCAGCGACGCAGGCUCCUUGCAGGCGGAGCUCCCAUGGCCGUGACGCGACGAGUGGAAACCGCCUCCUGCACCUCUAGGAGGCUCACCAGUCCACUGCUGCCGUCUCACUUGAAGUUUGUGAACAAACACUUAGUGUUUAUUUACUGCACACAUUCCUAUGUGGAAUGUGAGUGUGCGGGGCCUGAUCUGAUGACAAAUGUGAAUGGCCCCUGCCCUCCUACAGCUGUGGUGUCUACUUCUUUUUCUCGGGGUGUGAUUCCCUCCAGAGGGCUCCUCUUCACUCUUGCAGAUUCUUGAAGCCCCACCCCUCUGGCUCACCGGAAAAUCUCCAAUAUGCCUGAAUUCUACUUAGGGCAAAACCAGACACCUUUGAACACCAAGUUAAGGAAAGAGGAGGAACGUAUUAAAUUACACUUCCCAUUUCCUGACAUUGUCUCUGUCUUGCCAAUGGGUUUCAGCCCCAGGCAAGUUCACUAUGGAUUAAGUGAGACUAAGGAAUGACACUGGAACAUUCUUGGGGUGAAAGGAUUUAUUACCCGGCUUGUUCUCCCAGCAAUAGGUUGAGCACUAGAAUUAACGUCUGCAUCCAACAGUCUGCUGUAAUCCUCCUUCAUCUCUGCCUGCACUUGUAUUAAAUCAACCCACAUAUGGGUUCUCGUAACCUUCAUGGAGCCCUUUAAAUUCUUUCUCUGAGUAACAGAACUUACUUCUUUCUGUGUUCUCAUUGCUUCCGCCUCUCCUGUCUGCUACUGUAUGGGUCACCUCACUAAGUGAGGGGCAAGAAUGCCCACUAGAGACCCAAAGAGGGAUGUGGGAGGCAUUUGAAGCACAACAUUUCUCAUUCCUGCAGUAAUAGUUUCCUCAUCUGGGUCUCUGGUCUACAGAUGGCAUUUUUUUAUGCCUAGCUUCUGUAACACCUGUUGGAGCUCAGCAUACGUCUGCCAUCUAGCAGGAGGAUGGUGAAUCACCCGGAUUGGGCAACACAGCACCAGUGCAGCCAUAAGCCAGUUGAGAGGGAGUGAUUUCCUGGGGUCUGAUGUGCAUUUUGUAAAUGCUGCCUCAAGGCAGGAUGAACUGUCAGGGAAGCCAGCUUUCCCAUCGCUGAUCCCAACAGAACAAUUCCAUCCACCCUUAAAUCCCACAGAUGCAGGACCCAAGCUGAUACCGACCACGAGGGCUUUUGCCUAAACCGGGAGGCCAAAUCCACCAGCUCAGCCUGAGUAUUGGGGUGGGGCACAGAGUGCUCCGUGACCUGGGGAGGAGGCUGCACCUCUCCUGGAGGAACCCUCGGUUGCUGUGUCUAUUUUCUUUACAACCACUGGGCUUUCAGUAGAGGAGGGGCCAGUGCCUCCGGCACCACCCCUUCAUCCUUCCCCAGCUCCUCCAUAUCUGGGGCUGAUGGCACCUUUGAACCACAACUCCCUCUGCCUAACCUAGCUGUAGAUAGCAGGCUUCAUUGGACACCCUGAUGUCCGUCUUUUUCCUAACAGUAAUCCAUUGGAGGAACACUUCUUGAUGCAAAAAAGUUUGAAGAAAUAGCCCCUGAUGUAUUUUUCCUUUUCCAUGAUCCGGUUGCCUUCCUUGAGGACUGCCCAUUUGCCAUUCUAACUGUAGCAAAGUGUGUGUGUAUGGUGGGGGAAGGGGAACAUGUAAAUGCCAUUUGGCAAAAGAGGAAGAUGUGAUGUGUAGACAGUUUCUGCUAGACAAGAAAGGGAAAUAGAAAGCCUCUCCUGUAUUCAGUGAAAAGAGAAAAGGAAGCAAAUGUAUUGUCUGAUGGGAAUGUUCAGGCACAGUAAGAGAAAAUGAACAAUACACUUACGAGAGUUUAACAAAGGCCAGGAAGCAUGAAAUAAGUGCAUUUCAAAAGCCUUUUUAUGCUAAUGAGCCCCUUGGUGGGUGGUGCUGAUAUAGGCAGCCUUCCGCUGAGGUGAUACCUUGUUGCAUUUGAGUCUAGCAGGAACUAUUCGUUUCUGAAUUUUAGCCUGCCCUUUUAGCCCUGAUCAUCUGAGUGAUGCAUAAAUUAGAGUAAAUCCACAUUGGUUUAACAAGUUGGAUUCUGAUUUUCACCAGUAGCAUAAUUCAUGCCAGCAAAUAAAAAUUACUUCACUUGCUUACGUGACUUUAGAAGUGAGUUAUCAGAGAGCAUCAGUUCCCAAGGGUAGCCUAUUAGCAAUGUGCCGAAUGGCAUCAGAUGCCAGCAGUAAAUUGCAAACAGACUCUUGUGAGCUCUUAGAGCCCAGCAUCUGUGGGCAUUUAACCACUUGCACUUAGGCCAUGCAUUCUCCCAAGCAGAUAUUCCAAGAUUCCUUUAGCUGAUCAGGGUAACAAGAACCCUUAGGUGGAAAGAAAAUAAAAGUUUAAAUCAUUUGUCUUAUUCCUGGUGAAGCAAAGAAUUGUAUUAGUGAAAUGUUUUUGGAGCUGAAUACAUAACUCCCUUAUAAUGUUGGGGGAGCGUUGUGUAUUUUCCUUGGUCCUUGUCCCCACUACAACAAAGAAUUGAAGGACACAGGGUAAAGCAGAGUAAAAGUUUUAUUUAAAGUUACUUAAAGACAGAAA